GGGGAAGUAAAUAUAACCUUAAGACAACAUCACACAAUCUUAAGAUUAUACGAUCGAUAGGAACUGUGAAAGAAGAUAGAAUGGGUUUUAUCUUUUAUUUUUCGAACUGUUUAUACAAGAGAUAGUAACUUUUACAUAAUAUUUUUAUCCCGUAAACAAUGUCUUGACACAAGUUAAAUGAACUGUCAAAAUCAUCCACAUUGAUUUGGAGAUGAAAUGGACAGAUUGGUUGUACUCUAGUCAUUUUAGAAACAUCUAUAAUUUAUGAAGAUACAGUAUUAUGUGAAUAUAAUGGCAAAAAUUCAUUGGACUGUGAUAAAACAACCAUCAUUCCAAUGGCUCAAGCAAUAUUGGUUUCGUACAAAGAUUACCUUUAAAUCCUUAUUUUACAACCAUUAUUUGAAUUGGAGUUAUGUUUGUGACACAUUAUUGGAGCCUAUUUUAUGGUUUGUUGAAAAUUUCACUGCCUAUCUUGGUCCAGUUUUCGUAGUGAUGGUUUCCAUAUUGACAGCUCUAAUGGUAUACAUAGCAUAUUACAUAGGCUUUCCUUGGUGGUGGGAAAGGAGUCCAUUGUUUACAAUUGUGCUAGUAAUCAUUGGAAAUUGGCUUUUAAUAAAUAUUUGCUUCCAUUAUUACAUGGGAAUAAAUGUUCCUGCAGGCUAUCCACCAAAUGGAGGUUUAAUCCCUGAGGCUGUUAGUAUUUGUAAGAAAUGUAUUAAACCAAAGCCACCAAGAACACAUCACUGUUCCAUAUGCAAUAAAUGUGUCUUGAAAAUGGACCAUCACUGUCCUUGGUUAAAUAAUUGUGUUGGCCACUACAACCAUAGGUACUUUUUUCAAUAUAUGGCUUUCACAGUGGCUGGAGUGAUUUUUAUUAUAAUAUUUGGAGUACAGAUAGCCUAUGAAGAAUUUUUUCUGUCUCCAGAUCCAGACAUUGAAGGUCAUCCUGUACGCAUCAACAAUUCAGAAAUUAUACCAAUGUCUGAAUCAUUGGAACACCUGACUCAAGAAGAAAAACAAGAAAUAGCUAGACAGGCAGCUGAAACAAGAGAAAUUGAAUAUAGGAGAAAACUAAUUGUUUUAGCAGCUUUUAUUGUAGUCGCAACGGUUGCAGCUUUAGGUGGUUUAACAUGGUGGCAUGCUGGCUUGAUUACUAGAGGAGAGACAAGCAUUGAAGGACGUAUCAAUGCAACUUUAGAUAAAAAGUAUAAAACACAAGGAAAGAAGUAUCGAAAUCCUUAUAACUUUGGUAAAAAAGAAAAUUGGAAGAUAUUUUUAGGACUCAAGGACAGAAAUUGGUGGUACAUAUUAUUCCCUUCAACUCAUGGACCAUAUGGAGAAGGUCUUGUGUGGGAAACUGCUGAUGAAAAUGAUAAAAUAUCUUGAUUAAUGUACGUGUAAAAAGAAAUUGUAAAUAUUAUCAACUUCAAAGAAGUUUUAAAUAUCAAUAUCAAAUGAAAAAAAAGAAAUAUUUUUACAAUGUCUGCAUUGUAAAUUUAGAUAAGAUUUCUAAAAUUUACGACGACAAUAGUAUUAUGAAAAACGAUAUAUUAUAUUGUUAAGCUACAUAUAAUAAAUAAAGGCACU